CUGGUUUCAUAUUGUAUUGUUCCUUGGGACAGCAUAAAAUAUAAUUCUUAUUUUUAAAACACUUAAGACUGUAAUGUCAGUGAUGUGAUGUUUGCUUCUUCUACAUUGCAUAGAAUAAGAGGUUCGAAUGAUUCUAAGGUUGAUGUGAUGGCUAACCUGAACCUUCAACCUGCGCCUCGGUCAAUGGGUGGUUCUCGAUCUGGAUUUAAUUCCAUUUCGACCGGUCAUGUAACUCCUACCUCUGGGAUGUUCAAUCCUGCAUUUACACCGGGUGGACAACUGAGCCCUAGCAGGUUAACAUCAGGAAGGGGAGGAAGUUUAUUUUCAAGGUCAGCUCUAGCUGAAAGGCGGCAGAUUACUGGCCUGGGCUCUGUUAUACAAGACUGGAAUUCUAGUUCUAUGGGUUCAAUGGCCAGUUUUGGCAUGAUGUCGAGCAGAAAUUAUGGAUCCAACACCGGAUCAAGUAGCAUGGCUAAUUUCCAUUCUGUUUUUUCUGCGGAUUCAAGUACACCUCCUCUUCUAGAUCUCUCAGAAUUUCCAUCUUUAACGAAUCGUGGAGGUGCCUCGGAUUCAAUACCUCCUACAUCCACUCUUCAACCUGGAAAGCAACCUUAUGUGGGCAUGGUGAAACAGCCUACAGCAGAGUCAUCGGAAUUCACUAUGUCAUCGGAAGACUUCCCUGCUCUUCCAGGCUCCGAAGGAACACCUGGGGGUGGUAGUGGGGAAAAAACAACUAGUGAAGAGGGUUCAAGGCUGACAGUAACUCAAGCUACUACAACAACAGCAAGUGAAUCGACUAUCACCAACCCAAAACCACCUCAGCCUCCUAAGAGGGGAAUUCAAACAUCACCUGACGGUAAAGUGACGAAUAUCCCCAACAGUAUGGUAAAAGACCAAUUUGGCAUGGUGGGUCUGCUGACGUUCAUCCGAGCAGCAGAAACAGAUCCUAACCUGGUGUCGCUGGCGUUGGGUCAGGAUCUCACUGCCCUGGGUCUUAAUCUUAAUUCUCCUGACAACCUUUACCCUACCUUUGGUGGACCUUGGGCAGAGACACCUAUGAGGGCGCAGGAUAUAGACUACCAUGUUCCACCUGAAUACAUCAUCAACCAUAGUAUCAGGGAUAAACUUGCCCAAUUGAAGUUAACAAGAUACAAAGAAGACCUCCUUUUCUUCAUGUAUUAUACGAAUGCUGGUGACAUGCUUCAAUUAGCUGCAGCUGCCGAACUUUACAGCAGAGAAUGGCGGUACCAUAUGGAGGAGAAAGUAUGGAUAACGCAAGCACCAGGUUGCGGGGUAAUAGAGAAAACAUCUACCUAUGAACGAGGGACUUACUACUUCUUUGAUGCUCAGAACUGGCGGAAAGUUGCUAAAGAGUUCUAUUUAGAUUACUCAAAGCUUGAGAAUCAGCCAACAAUACCUGCCUAUCAUGCUGUAUGACCGGAACUCCAAAAAUCCCGCCGUCAUCCUGAAUAUAUUGUACAAAAUAUUAUAAUUAUUAUUACUUAUUAUUACUAUGAUGAUUGAAUAAAUAAACCAGAGAAUGACAACAGCAUUAAUGAAUUGGGAAGAUGAAAAUUCCAAGGAACUUCACCUAUCUACACAAGAACUCCAUUCUCUGAGUCUUUAUGUGAUACUAUCAUUUCUAUUUUUUUUUUUCGUUUAAUUUUGUAAAAUAAAUGUUUAAUUGCAGUUU